AUGUACCUCCUUCCCCUGGUUGUGAACCUGGAUGUUGUGACUGCUGUUCUACUGAUAGUCAUCCUCAUCCUGGUCCUCAAGAUCAGACGAGACGCAAACAGACACAACACAGAUAAUUAUUAUUCCAACAACUUUAUCAAGGACUUUACUGAGACCAAACGUUUGGGUGUGAGGGGAGGAGACUACAGCUGUAACUUGACCAUAUCCAAGACAGAGCCAGGGGACUCAGCUAAAUACUAUUGUUCCACUACAGCCAUCUAUGAGCAAAUAUUUGGAGAGGGAACUGUUUUAAUUGUCAAAGACUCAGAGUCCAACAGCAUGUCUGUGCUCCAGCAGCCUGUGUCUGAGUCAGUCCAGCCAGGAGACUCUUUGACUCUGAACUGUACAAUACACACUGAGACUUGUGUAGGAGAACACAGUGUCUAUUGGUUCAGACAUGGCUCAGGAGAAUCCCGUCCAGGAAUCCUUUACACCCAUGGAGACAGGAGUGAUCAGUGUGAGAAGACCCCUGAGGCUGGGUCUCCUACACAGAGCUGUGUCUACAACCUCCCCAAGAGGAACCUCAGCCUCUCUGAUGCUGGGACUUACUACUGUGCUGUGGCCUCAUGUGGGGAGAUACUGUUUGGGAACGGGACCAAGCUGGACAAGCUAGUUUCAGAGCACGAUUUUCCAUUUGAUCUGAGUCCUACUGUUCUGGCCUUGGUCGUCUCCAACAUCGUUCUGGGGAUAGUGACCCUUCUACUUGUCUGGGCGCUGUGCAAGACCCGGAACAGAGAUAGCAGAGGGAGGACAGAUGUCCCAACAUCCCAGGGCAAUCAGAAUCAAGACAGUGAUGUGUUGAACUAUGCAGCUGUGAGUUUCACCCCCAAGAAGAACUCCUCCUCCUUUAGAAGAGCAAGAGAGAAGACCAGCAGAGAGGAUGCAGUGUACUCUGAGGUCAGAUACCUGCAGCAGCAGUGAAAUAUAUCACCACUGUCACAAAGACAUCAAGAAUAACUUUUUUAAAACUAUUUGUAGCCUAAUGA